AUGAACUUCGCCGCUGCCGUUGUCCUAAGUGGUCUUCUGACCGUCGUGUCCGCGCAUUUCCACUUGCAGUACCCGGGGCCGCGAGGGCCGUUUAACAUGCCCAACGAGCUCACGUUCUGCGACAACUACGCUGACGCUACGGCGAACCGUACCGAGUUCCCCCUCAGCGGCGGUUAUUACUCGCUGCUUUCGGAACACCCGCUGUGGAUCCUCGGGGUGCUGAUCUCGACCGCGCCGAAUCCGGACAACUUCGCCAACUUCUCGACCGCGAGCGGGCAGCAGCAGCUCGUCGUGCAGUACUUCGAGACGUCCGGCGAGGGCUCCUUCUGCGCGCCCAUCGACAUCAGCGCGGCCGGCAUCGCCGGGGUGAAGAACGGCGUGAACGCGACGCUGCAGUUCGUGUUUGAUGGCGGCGACGGCGAGCUGUACCAGUGCGCGGACGUCACUCUCGUGGAGGGAUACACCGUCCCGUCGGACAUCUCGUGCACGAACGCGACG